GAACGCUACAGCUUACUAAAAUUGUCAACUUAACAUGAUUAUCACAACUAAAGGCCUUGGUCUUACCCUAGCACAAAUAAAAAUGUUUAUUGAUUUAUACGAUGCACACAAGACAUCAGAUGGCAUAAAUGCUGCAGCAAGUAGAAAAGUGUUCCAAACGCUUGGUAUACAAAUAGAUGACGAUUUGGAAAAGCUAUUUAAAUCCAAACGAACCGCUGAAAUAUUGUUGAAGGAUUUAAUCAUCGUUGCGGCAGAACGCAAUAUGACCGUUCCGAAAAAUGAAAGAAGAGUAAUUAGAGUGGUCGAGGUCAUAUUUGAAACUCUACAUUUCAAUAGAACUGAUAAAAACGAAGACGGUCUACUAUCUUCGAAUGAGUAUACUGACCUAAAUGAUAAGGUAAAAAAGCCAUAA